UUUUUUUUUAAAGACAUUUCAAAUAAUCACCAUGUCAUAGUUAGUUUAGUUUAUUUUCUCUCAUUGAUAUUCAUUAGAAUGUAGGUUAAAAUAAAAUAAGAAGAAUUUUUAUGUUCUAUUUCAAAAAUGACAUAAGCUGGUAGAUUGAAACUUGAACAAAGUUAUUAUUACUUGUUCUUUGUUUAAUUGAUAUGUUAGAUAUGAAAUAAUAAGAUAGACCUACAUUUAAUCAAUAUUAAUCUCGUGUUAAAUUUAGAAAUUCAAAAGAAAAUAUUUAUUUAUUUUAGUUACCUGAAAUAAAUCUAAAUGUCAAAUUAAUUUUACUACCAUGUCCAAUAAGUCAACAAGAAUCAAAGCAGAUUUAAUAUCAAAAACAUAACAGAAAAAUUUGCUUUAAAUCUUCAUCUUGAUGAAACAGCAACAAGUGGUGAAGAUUGGGCUGAUGAUGAAGAACAAAUUGAAGGUGAUGAAGAUGAUCUUAAUAGAGAAAAUCUUAAUAAUAAUCAAGAUGAACAAGAUGAAGGUUGGGGUGAUACUGAAAUUGAAUUACCACCUGAUCUUACACGGAAAGUAUUAAGUGUUUGUGAAAAAAAUUCAAUUGAUGAACAUCCAUUAAAUUAUGAUGAAUAUAAUCCAUUUAGUAUUUGUCCAGCAUCCUAUGUACCACAUUUAUCGGUAUGAAAUUUAAAAAUGAAACCGAAUUUAAUUUAAAGUAAUCUUUAUUUCUUGUUUAGUGAAAAUCCAUUAUCCGAUGCUGUCCAUUUACCCGAAUUUAAAGGACAAUUAUGUCGUGUUACAAAAGCAACUGAAAUUGGAAUUCUAAUUCUAUUAUCAUUAUUAUUAACUUUUAAUGCAUAUAUUUAUCAUGUUGAAAAAGUAACUUAUCAUUAGAACGUUUUUCUUUUCUUUCAAGAUAAAGAAAUCCGUUUCUAAAACGAGAAUUUAGAAUCAAUACAUUUGUUUGAAAUAAGUUUACUUUAGUAGAUAUUGAAAUUCUAUGAUAAUAUACAAGAAUAAAUAAUCUCGAUUUAUAAAACGACAUCAAUGCAACUGGGUACUUUAUAAUUGCUUAAGAAAUUUUAUCGACAUGAUUUCAUUUGAUAUUCACCCUUUGCAAUAUCUCGAUUGGCUCACUUAAUUGGUAACCUACACACAUCUAUUCAAUAUUCAUACCGCCAGCCUUUUCUUGAUCACGUUUAACUAUAUAAUGAAGUCAUUAAUACGACUAAGAGAUAAUUAAAUGUCUAAAGAACUACUUUUCGUUUAUAGAUUUCUUCACAUUUAAAUAAAAAUAAAAAUGAACAAUGAGAAAUAACUUUUCAUUCUAAAAACUAAAAUUGAAGAUAAUGAUGAUUUUCUAUUCAAUGGUUUAUUUUCCCCAAUUGAAAAAAUCUUUGUUGAUUUCGAUUGACUUUUCUCCAGUUUUGCAACUACAGAGUUUCAAAGUAAUAACAAAAUAAAAACCUAUUCUAAAAACGAAUUUUCUUAAAUUAAUAUCGUUUGUAGAUAUUCAUCAUAGUGAUGAAAAUCUUGACUCUACUAUAGAAAAACCUGAUCUUAAUGAAGCAUUUCCAAGAACUUCUAUAAUAACAACAAUGAAACGAGAAACAACAUAAUCGAAAAGAUGUGUUAUUGAAAAACAAGUUCAAUAAUCAUCAAAUCAAAAUGAAAAUAUACAAAACUGAAACAAUGAGUAAUAUAUGUGGAGAUAAACAUCAUACAACAUUAAAAACGAGAUGGUAAAAUAAUUCGAGAAUAUGAAAAUGCAAGAAUAGAUGAAUUAGAUCAAAUUGAUUCAUCAUCGAAUGAUAAUAAUGAUCAGCCAAUUAUUAGUAGGAAGAAACAUUCGGACUUUUAAAAAAAAACUUUUUCUUAAAUAAAAUUUUUUUGUUCAAAUGAUCUACUUAAAAUAAACGAAAGAAAAUACGUAUUAUUCGAAUUUGUUUUUUUUUUAUUUUGAACCUUUUUUCUCUAAUCUUCAUUUACAACUAACUCACAAAUUAGAAUAUCAAUUUAAUCUUGUUAUUGGUUUUUUAGAAAAAAAAUCUACAAAUACUUCAAUAUCAAUCUUCACCAUAAAGUAAAUUAUUUAGAUACGUUGAAUAAUAUAUUAGUAUCAUUCGUGAAGAAAGGAACUUUUAUUUUUGUUAAAUAGCAUAUAAACGGAUGCGAAGAAAGCAUUGUGAAAAUUAAGAAAGUUAGUGUUCUCCUUUUCUUCUGAUCUAAAGCCACACCCACGCCCUAGAAAUUCUUCGAUUCGCAUCACAAUGGCGAUUACGUUUUUGGAUACGAGUAUUAUCCACGAUUUUUUUAAGUCUGAUUAUGAGAGUGAUAGAUUUUAUCAGCACAGACACUAAACAUUUACAUGUCAGUUGGUUAUCUAAGUUAUGGUAUGAUAGAAAUUUUGGAUCUUUUGAAAAACAAGACAAUUGAACAUAAGAUACAUGAAAAGCAGUCGUAUAUAUUGUUUAUUUCUAGAAAUAAAAGUCUCUGUGAUGACUAGUCUAAGGAAAAACAUGGUUCUUUUUUAAUAUCUCACAGUCAUAAUAGUAAUAGAAACUGUAUAAUCUUUCUUUGAACAACAGUUCUAAUCAGUCUAAUUCGAUACCGAUAUUGCAGUAGGCUAUACACUGGAAAGAGGUGUAAAAAUUGCGAUGCUCGAAUCAGGCUUCAGAAUGGACAACUUUUUCAUGGUAUAGACUUGCCAGAUUCGAUAAAAAUUUCGUUGACAAAGAUUUCUUCUAGUUUUACUUGAAGAUGAUUUCGCCAUCGUUGAAGAACUUGAUACAUGUAAAUGAGUAUAGCAUAAUAUAUCUGUCUGAAGAUUUCUCACAAAUUGAAUCUCAAAAGGACAAUCAAUGCAUAAACAAUUUUUUGGGUGUGGGUGUGGGUGUGGGUGGACUGUGGGUGUGGGUGUGGGUGUGGGUGGACUGUGGGUGUGGGUGUGGGUGUGGGUG